AUGUCGAAGUUGGAUGAUCUCUUCGAUAAAAAGAAGGAUGAAGCUUUGCUGCUGGAUUUGUCCAAGACAGUUAUUAAUAAUGCCGAAGAGUUUAGAGCCGUGUUGGACAAAGUGCCAGAAUUUAAAACGCGGCCCGAAAAGGUGAAAACUGACGACAUUAAAAUAAAGGAUAAGUCAGAGGAUAAGAAAACUAAAACUUCUCGAAAGGAGGUGCGAGCGUACGAGAAGUUAGGGACGCGUGGUUACGAGGAGAAGCACUUCACGUUCAUGGACCCGGUACCGGUGGAAAUGCGAGGCCUGAAGUUCGAGGAGCUGUGCGCCGUGCCCAUCGAGUGGCGGAUGCUGACCUCUCUCCGGCCAAAGUCCAAAUUGGACGAGGAGUAUUUUAACAGAUUAAUCGAACUAGGGAAGCUGCAGUUAAAAACUCAAGCAAGAGACAAGAGGGAAUUCAUCAAGAACCCCAUGGUCCGGAAGAGUAAGAACCGGUCCGGCGUGACGGAGACGAGAAUCGUGUCGUGCGCCGAGUGCGGCGAGGAAUACUGCGACGGUAAAAUGUGCGUGAUAACGAACUACGACAUGUUCGCUCGCAUAAAGGUGGAGAUAGAGAACAAGCCUCGGCCUGUGCCGCCGCCUACAGGCAAAAGGCGGCCCAUCAAACGGCGCGCGCGCCCGAGGCGCAAGCCGCGCAGCAAGAGCGCGCAAGCGCCACCGAAGAACAACGCACGGAAGUCUGGGGCUAAAAGCGACUCUGAACUUUAAGCUACAUAAUACUUGCAUUACCUUACUCUUAUUCUAUGUUCUUAUACCUCUGCAGUCUGUGCAGCUGUCGACGUUACGCGAGAAGAUCGCAAGCCGCGCAGCAAGAGCGCGCAAACGCCCCUGAAGAACAACACACGCAUGUCUGGGGCCAAAAGCGAUUCUGAACUACUUGCGUUACUUACCUACCAUCCUAUGUGACUGAUAAUGUCGCUAUAGUGUAGAAGAUAAGAGAAGAGGUCGCCCAUCAAACGGCGCACGCGCCCGAGGCGUAAGCCGCGCAGCAAGAGCGCGCAAGUGCCACCGAAGAGCAACGCGCGGAAGUCUAGGGCCAAGAGCGAUUCUGAACUUUCAGCUACGUAAUAAAUGCAAUACCUUACUCUUAUUCUAUGUUCUUAUAUACCUCUGCAGUCUGUGCAGCUGUCGACGCUAUGCGAGGAAAGCAAGAGGCGGCCCAACAAACGUCGUACGCGCCCGAGACAUAAGCCAUUCUGAACUACCUACUUACGGGCGUUGUCCUGUUCUGUUAGCGGUGCUUCCUUGAGAGCUGUAGAAGCUCUAAAAGAACAGCAAAAGGUGGCUCAUCCUUCGACCAUCAUCAUAAAACUGCGCAACAAAAACGCGCACUGGCGUUUUCGGACUCUGAUGCUUGCAUCUCUGUCAGCUGUAAGCUAAUAAGAGAAGAGCAAUUGGCUGCUAACCAAGCGGCGGCGGGUGCAGUCGAGCAACUGUUAGAAAAAGCGGUGGAAGUGGAACCGAAGCUCAGGAAUCUGGGGCAUAUCUCAUAAGUGCGUCCCUAGUGUCAACUAUCAAUUGUAGGUGAGUAGAUGUACUUUUUGAAGUAACGGCCCAGCCACGACAUUGGUCCAAUCUAACGGCGCGUGGAAUGGAAUGGAAUGUUAUUUUGUGAAUAAAUGCAUUUUUGUAUUUUUAAUCCAUAGGUCUCUAAGUAAAUACAAUAAUAUAGGUUAGAUUUCGUUACAAAAUGGUCUCAAGUGAGUCUCAGUUCAGCUAGAAUUUUGCCAAAGAAACCAUCAACAAAUGCAAAUAGUGAGGAGUGUGAGGGCAAGUACUGCUUUAGGCCGGUAGGCCACUAUCAUACAAAUAUGAUCAUAGGCACCAUGCCGUCCUUUUUCUUCACGUUGGAGUAAAAGGGAGGCAUACAGACCUAUGAUCAUAUAUAUGAUAGUGUACUUUCGGCCUUAAAGUACUUAUUAGCAUAAGUAUAUACACAAUGUAAUAAUUAAUAAAAUUGUUGACGAACCCAAACCAACUGCAUUUUAUGUAUCCAUGGGUGUUUUGUAAUGUAUGAUAUUAUAAUACAAACUUAAAUGACAUGUAUACUUAAGAGUCAUACUAAGCUAAGACGGCAGCGAUAUUGACAGUCGCGCCAGUGGAUUAUGUUAUUUUAAACGUCAAACUUGUAUGAAAUGAUGACGCUUGCAUCGACGACGAGUUAACAAAAUCGCUGCCAAAUUAGCUUUGCCAACAAUUAUGAUUUGUUCUAGCAUUUGUCCAUUAGAUAUAAUCAACGCUUAAGUCUCACCAGCAGCAUUAGAUAUAACAAAAUAUAGGAAUCUCGUUUUUUGCAAUUUUGUACUUAUACAAAAAUAAAAUAAAUGAAUACUGUUUGCUUUUUUUCUUAUCUUUGUAAGAGUUCUUAUCCUAAACAAAGUAACAGCGCCUGAGCUCUGCAGUUAUGGACAAGCACUAAUUAACUAGCGCAGAAGCUGUAGAUAAGCUGAAAUUACUGAUCGGUCAUUUUUUCCCUGGCUUUAUACUUCCAAGGAGCACUCUAUGAAAAGCCAAGAAAAAAAUGCGGCUUCUAUUUUACCUGAUUGACUUAUUUAAAAAAUGUUUUAGUUGAAGGGAAAAUGGUAAAAUUUACACCUCUUUCA